AUGUCCUCCGUCCUUCCUCCAGUGGUUGUAAACACCCAAUCCAAUGUCUCAUAUCGAUCUCUGGCGUUACCUCCGAGUGACGAUAGCCCUGAUAUCCGCCAGAAGUAUCGACCAUUUAUCCUUGACGACAAUACACCUGAGGACUGGGUCAACAAAUUGGACCUAGCCACCGCAGCGGAUAUGGCAGAAGAAAACCUGCGGGUUACAAACCAGAGGCUGAAAGUUCUGGUACUCUAUGGAAGUCUUCGCAAAAGGUCAUAUUCGAGACUGGUGGCAUUGGAGGCCUCCCGUAUCCUGUUCCGGCUGGGCUGUGACGUCCGCGUCUUUGACCCCGAAGGUCUUCCUAUAAAGAACGACAGUGAUACCGCCCAUCCCAAAGUACUGGAGCUGAGAGAACUCAGUGUAUGGAGCGAUGGACAUGUCUGGGUUUCGCCUGAACAACACGGAAAUCUGACUGCUGUGUUCAAAAAUCAGAUCGAUUGGAUUCCAUUGAGUACCGGAAGUGUCCGUCCCACCCAAGGCCGAACGCUGGCCAUCGCCCAGGUGUGUGGUGGAUCCCAAUCGUUUAAUGCGGUCAACUCUUUGCGUAUCCUGGGUCGGUGGAUGCGUAUGUUUACCAUUCCGAAUCAGUCUUCGAUCCCCAAGGCGUAUACACAAUUUCCGGAUGAAGGUCAGCCGGGAGAUCAACGAUUGUUGCCUAGUGGCAAUCGAGAUCGUCUGGUGGAUUGCAUGGAGGAGUUUGUCAAAUAUACGAUUCUGAUGCGGCCUCACAUUGGUCUUUUUGGUGACCGGUUUAGUGAGCGGGAGGAGAAGAAGAGAAAGGAGCAGAAUCAGGAUGUUGCUGCAGGUAUUUGA